GAUGGUGCUGAAGUGAGGCGUGUAGCCGAGACUCUGCAGGGUGGAGUGUUAGCCACUUGGCGUGUGUUGUGUAGCCAAAGACGGACAUGUAGUCUCUGCUGUGCAGGAUUUUCAGGGUUUCAGGCUCGUGUGUGAGGAAUAAUGCGGAGAUAUGUGCGGGCUCUGGCCUUGUGCGCGGUGUUUGCCCUGCUCUCCGUCCUCUACGUGCUCAGUGAACUCCGUGCUAACAGAGCUGCAGCUCCUCCGCUGAGACUCUCCUCCUCACAGACCAACGGGCGAGAUACGAAACAAACACACACUCACGCAGAGCCUCGCCGAGGUGUCAGAAAUGCUGCACAGAGAUCAGAUUCAGCUGAAAAGCGAGGAGAGGAGAUGAUGCAUCUGGCAGUGGUGGCUUGUGGGACGAGACAGGAGGAAGCUGUCAGCCUGCUGAAGUCUGCAGUCAUACUGAGCCACAGAGCGAUGAGGUUUCAUAUAUUUGCUGAGGAUCAGCUGCACAGCCGUAUAAAGACAGUUCUGGAUUCUUGGCCUGACUUUGUCAGGCAGAAGUUCAACUACACUGUGUAUCCGGUCUCCUUCCCCAGCCAGCACCAGAGCGAGUGGAGUAAGCUUUUUAAGCCCUGUGCAUCACAGAGACUUUUCCUGCCUAUGAUUCUAAAAGAGGUGGACUCCCUGCUGUAUGUGGACACAGACGUGCUGUUCCUGCGGCCUGUGGAGCUGCUGUGGGACCUUUUCAUGCAGUUUAACUCCAGCCAGCUGGCGGCGAUGGCCCCAGAGCAUGAGGAGCCGCGCAUUGCCUGGUACAACCGCUUCGCCCGCCAUCCAUAUUACGGAAUGACAGGCAUCAACUCGGGUGUCAUGCUGAUGAACUUGACCCGAAUGAGGCGGGUUCAGUUUAAGAAUGACAUGACAGCAAUUGGUCUGCACUGGGAGGAACUCCUGGUGCCCCUGCUUCACAAAUAUAAACUAAACAUCACCUGGGGAGACCAAGACCUCAUUAACAUCAUCUUCCAUCAUAACCCUGAGAAGCUGCUGGUGUUCCCAUGCCACUGGAACUAUCGUCCUGAUCACUGUAUCUACGGCAGUAACUGCAGCCCAGCGGAACAGGAAGGGGUGUUUGUUCUUCAUGGCAAUAGGGGAGUGUUCCACAGUGAGAAACAGCCUGCAUUCAGGGCUGUGUAUGAAGCCAUUAGACAGUACUCCUUUGGAGAGGAUUUGGUAAACUCAUUCUGGUUGCCCCUGGAGGAGAAGCUGAAUGAGACCACUCACACGUACUGUGGAAAAAUCAGUCAUCUCUUUACCAAGACGCUGAGCCAAACCCUAAGAUCCACCCAGAGAACCACUUCACCAGACUACAGAAACAAAGCUUAAUGUAUGCUGCAUUCUCUCAGUGGCUUACCAUGUUAAAGACUGCACGUGCCUUUGGAAUGGUGAUUGAGACCUCUUGACAUUAUGAACUGGAUUAAUGACAGUGUUCAGGCCUGAACUUUGUACACCUACCUUAACAUUAGAUUAAAUGGAUCUGAAUAUGACGAUGCACAAUAAGCUCAGCACUACAUCAGCAGUUAUUUGGUUAAAGUCAGAUGAUCAACAUUGACUUGAUAUUUGGAUGUAACCUCAUGAACCUCAUAUUUAGUAAAAGUAGCCUCAGUUACUGAACACAGAAUGACAGAUUUUGCCAGAUUUUGUAAAACGUGAAGCAGAUAUUUCUUGAAUACAUCAUAUACUUUUAGAUUUGCUCAGUUUGAUCUGUUAUCGUCUGUUUUUAUGUUUAAAUGUAAAACUGAAUUUGGUGUAAGCAUAAUUGAUUAAGCAGGAACAGAAAAAUACUCAGGGAUGUAAAUUUGUAUAU